CAUGUAGCUAUGGCUGCUGUUUAUUCUGGCAUUUCCUUUAAGCUUAAAAGCAAGACAACUUCCUGGGAAGAUAAACUAAAACUAGCUCACUUUGCUUGGAUUUCCCAUCAGUGCUUUCUACCAAAUAAAGAACAAGUUUUACUUGAUUGGGCAAGACAGACAUUGGUUGCAUUUUAUAAGAAAAAACUUGAACUGCAAGAAGAUGUUGUUGAAAAGCUCUGGGUCUAUGUAGAUAACAUUCUACAUAGUAGAAAGUUGCAGAAUCUCCUAAAGAAUGGAAAGACUGUAAAUCUUCAGAUUUCCCUUGUAAAGGUCAUAAAUGAGAGAAUAGCAGAGUUCUCACUUUCAGAAUCCCAGAGGAAUAUCUGUGCCAUCUUGAGUUGCUGCCAGGGCAUUCUCUCAGCACCUGCCCUUGCUGUCAUCUAUACAGCUAAACCGGAGCUGCUUGUGGCCUUGCUGAGCCAGCUUUGCUGGUCAGUCUGCAGACAGCCAGAAGGAACCAUGACACCCCAGCUAUUUGAGGUCAUUCAUCUGGCUCUUGACCAUUACCUCAAGCUUCAGCAACAACAAGCCAACCCUAGACGUGUCUUUGGGGAUAUGACUGGCCACCUCCUCCAACCCUGCCUAGUCCUGAGACAUUUGCUUUUUGGGGGCACAUGGACACAGGCUGGUCAGGGCCAGCUACGGCAGGUACUAAGCCGAGAUAUCAGGAGUAAGAUUGACAGUGUUCUUCGAGGUGGUGUUUUUCGACAUGAUUUACUGUCAUCCUAUAAAGAGGAGCUCUUGGAACAGCACCAAGAGAAUGUAAAGAUGGGGGCUCUGAAGAGUCUUCUCACUCCAAUGGAAACUGUGAUUACAAGGCUGGUAGAGCCUGACUACAUCAAGUCAGACCUACAUGCUUUGGUUGUGGCCAACUCAGUGUCCUUAUUGUACAGACUCUUUCUGGACUCAUACCUUAGGGAAGAAACCCAGUUUCUCUGUUUUCAGGCUCUUCCCAAGUUGUUUGGCUGCUUGCAAAUUUCACACCUGCAAGGGGGGCAGAUGGAAGCCCUAUCAGAUUGGACCACAGAGCUUCUGGCUAUAGAGCAAUUGCUAAACUCAGUGGCCACCAACAACAUCUACAAUGUGGCUGCUGACAGGAUCCGGCAUGGGGAGGCACAGUUUCACUUCUAUCGACGUGUGGCUGAGCUGCUGAUCAGCCAUUCACAAGCACCUGUGCCAGCUUGGUUUCGCUGCCUCAAGAUUUUGAUGUCUCUGAAUCAUUUGAUUUUAGAGCCAGACCUGGAUGACCUGUUGUCUUCAGCUUGGAUUGAUGCAGAAGUAACAGAAUUUCGAGCCAAAAAAGCCCAGGAGGUACUUAUUAACACUGUCUUCCAGACAUAUGCCAAGCUCCGACAGAUGCCACGAUUGUUUGAGGAGGUUUUGGGAGUGAUCUGCCGUCCAGCUGCUGAGGCACUGAGGCAGCCUUUGCUUGCUUCAGGUCCCUCUAUGGCUCUGUGUGCAUGCCUUUUGGAGCUGCCACUGAGUCAGAUCUUGGAUACAUGGUCCCUUGUACUAGAUAAGUUCCAGUCUUUAGUCAUGCCCUGUUUGCAGAGUGAUACUGACAUGGCUUUGAAGGCACUGUCACUGAGCUCUCUGCUACACUGUAUCAUGUUCAACAUGCCCAGUUUGGACAACAGCAUGCCUCUGCCUAUUAUCAGAAGGACACAGUGCAUAAUGGAGAGGAUGCUGAAAGAGCUUGUAAAGCCCCUUUUGGGCCUUCUCCUGGACCUCUGGAGCCCAGAGCCUGAGCUGUGGCAGCAGAAGGUGAGUGACUCUGCACUCUUACUCUCUUACACCUGGGCUCAAGUGGACACUACUUUCAGUUUGCACUGCAGCCAGUAUUAUUCUCUGGCAGGGCACCUAUCUGGGGCUGCUCUGGAUAUCUCAAACCUCCCUUUGUUGCUACCAGGUGUGGAAACACAGCUUUGGAAGAAGGUGGAAAAGUGUAUAGCCCAGUCCAGGUCUCUCAGUAGGUAUUGCUUAGAACAGCUGUACUUGCAAAAGGUGAAAAGGACUCUAAUGCAGACUAGUUCCCAGUCCAAAGAAGCCCUUCACACCUUGAGGUAUGACACUGCCCACAUUCUUGAUUCUAGUAGAGACUGUUUAAAUCAGAAGACAGUAGUUGCCUGGGAUGGGCAGGUGUCGACAAUGAAUGAGUCCACAUAUCCUGUAGCACAUUGGCACUUGAUUGUCUCAAACCUCACAGUUUUAAUACCCUACCUUUGUUUGGAUGAUGUGAGAUAUGUGGCCACUGUCCUAUUGAGAACUUUACCAACAAAUAAAGCCCAGGUACAUGGUGAGCCAUAUAUCACACUUGAGAAAGUAUCCACAGCCCUCCUUCACAGCCCUCUCUUUCCGGAGAUGCAGUCCCUCUAUUCUGCCUUCCUGAUGUGCAUCAUUGCAAAAUGUUCUAACAUUCUAUGCUCUGGUGCCCAUAGUGAUCUGAGUCUUAUUAGUCAGCAGCUUCCCUGGCUUUUUGAAAAGGACUACCACACAUUUGUGUCUCACUGGGAAACCAAAUUGGCAAAAGUUGGACCUGAAGGCGUAGAACCAAGAGGAGAAGUUGCCCAGAAUUUCCUAUCCAUGAUCAAGAGUGGUUUUCCUAUCAAGCUGGAUGAAGAGCAGCUAAAAGACCUCCUGGAGCUCUUGGAAGUCAUCUCCACCCUUCGUCUGGACAGCCUCUUGCCAUCUUACCACUUGCAUUUUUUUUUCCUGCUAUUCUCCAUGGCUUUAUCCACAUUGGGGCAAUGCUCUUGCCCACUAGCCCUCCAGUUCUUGGUGACAUGCUACCGGCUCCUCAGUGGUCUGCAGAGGGGAAGGAAUGCCCGCUCUGUGUUCAGGGUCAUGUAUGCUAGUGAUAUAUUUGAGGUUGUACUGACUUCACUAUUGCAAGCCAGUACUGAGAUUCAAGUUAGGGAGGAUGACCCUGCUUGGCUGCAGCUUCUUCAAAUGUCAGGGGCGUUCUUGGAACAGUUAAUGCAAAUGCUUAUCCAACUAAAGCUGAGCUUGGUGCUCAAUUUUGGAAAAAUCACUGCCUUCCUCUCAAGGUAUAGUAAGAGAGCUUCCAGCAAAGAAUUGAAAAUUCAGAGUCUUCGGGGCAGGCAACUGCUUCUGGUGGCUCUAACCAAGUUGUGUCAAAGUUUGGGGCCUUAUGUUAAGGAGCGGAGGCAGCUACCGGAGGCACCAGCAGUACUACCUGAGCUGCUGCAGCAGGCCAUGAUGCAAAUGGGUGCCAUGCUGCAGCUCUGCUUAGUGCCUGGGACAACAGGCCACCGUCUGCCUUCAAUCUUCCUCACAGUUGUCCCUGUACUUUUAGAAGUAGACCUGAGCCAACACCUCAGGGAAGGACAGCCCCAAAUUGCCCAAGUGGUGGAUACAGAUAGAACACUGCUUUCUCACAUGACCCUUUACCAGGAUAUCUACAUUCAGUUGCUGGAGGAGUUGCCAGCCCUGUCGGGGAAUACUCAGUCUUUCCAGGCAGCCUUGCAAUUUCUGACUUUGUUCCUUUUGGCCCCAGAGCUCCAUUCCAAGGAGAGCUCUGUUUUUGCUUCCAUCUUUUAUUCUGUGCGGAAAGUUCUUACAGGUCCAGGCAUUCCUGCUCCAGUCACUCAGGAUAUUGAGCCUCACUUAGAAGCCCUGCUCACUAAGAUGUUUGAGGCUGGGACAACAGAGCACUUUGGGAUCGUACUACAGUCUAUUCUUCAGGGGCUGGACAUCACUCAGGCAUGGAAGUCUGAUCUGCAGGUUGUUUUGUGUGCCAUUAGACUACUCAAUCUACUACUCAAAUGCCCACUUGAUGGAGAAAAGGCGAGUUUGCUGUGGCGUACGUGCCCCCAGAUAGUCACAGCUCUAAUGCUGCAACACCGAGAGGCCUGCCAGGAACAGCCUGUGGCCCUAGUAGUGGUUGAGCCUAUUCUUGAUGUCCUGGCUGUUCUGCUGAGGAAAGGGGAGGAGACCAUCAGCAACCCUCACCAUGUCAGUCUGGCUUUUAACAUCUUGCUCACAGUCCCUCUGGACCACCUGAAGCCACUGGAGUUUGGUAGUGUCUUCCUGAAGAUGCAUAAUGUGCUAUUCUCCAUCUUGCAGUGCCACUCUAAGGUGAUGCUGAAGGCUAUUCCAUCUUUCUUGAACUCAUUUAAUAGACUAUUGUUUUCAGUUAUGCAUGAAGGACAGCAGAAAGACAAAGGAAACAUGGAUGACCUGCCAGUAGUCCUUGAGUGUGCACGAUUGGUGGAAAGGAUGUAUAGCCACAUUGCUACUCGAGCUGAGGAGUUCACCACAUUUUCUCCAUUCCUGGUGUCCCAGUAUGUGACAGAGGCACAGAAGGUAACCUUGUACCCAGCUGUGAAGAACCUGCUCCAGGAGGGGAUUUAUCUCAUCUUGGAUCUCUGCAUGGAGCGUGAUAUCCAGUUUCUGCGGGCCUCACUACAGCCUGGAGCACGAGAUGUCUUUAAGGAGCUGCAUAGCGAUUACCUCAAGUACCACAAGGCCAAGCAUGAAGGAGAGAAAAGAUAUACAGCCUAGGCCACACCAGAAGCACAAUUACCAGGACACCUUGCAGAGGCAUCAUGGUUCUGAGCUAUAGAGGAUGUAAGACUUCUGAAGUUCUUAUGCACAUUGUCAACAACCAUGGGCACCCCUUCCCCAAAACACUGUGAAUCCCUAACUGGCCUAGAACUUACUGUGUAGACUAGGCUGGUCUUUAACUCAGCCUAGUCUACACAGGUAGGGUGGAUGUACCUGUUCUGUAGAGAGGUGUCCUAGCACAGGAGCCUGCUUGUUCCCACUUCAAUCUGAGAAGUUCAUUACAAAACUUCCUGCUUAGUAAAAGAAAUAAUGUUAACUGUUCUUACUACUUAAACCAUGUGAGUUUAUCCAAACAGCCUUUAUUAUCACUUAGAGAUGUCUUGUGUUAGUUUCUUUGUUGUAUAUGUAUAGAUAUAUAAAAAUAUAUUAAAUCAAUUAAAAUGUGUUUUAAGGUUACUUAAUGUUUUCUUUUGUAAUAGUUGUCAUAUCUUAGAGUCAAUAAAGAUAUUUGGUAAUUUUUAA